AUGAAUUUAUGUGUUAAUUCGAAGAUGGGUACUGUUUUUAUCUUCAAAAUAUUUUUCCAACGAAGCACAUACAAGCCAAAACAUAUUUGAGUAUGUGGAUUCUUGCAUUCAACAAGUUGGUCACGAGCAUCUUGUUCAAGUUGUGACCGAUAAUGCCACAAAUAACAUGGGGGCGGCAAAGUUGCUAAAAGAGAAAAGACCAUCUAUUUUUUGGACAUCAUGUGCAACACAUACAAUUAACCUUAUGCUUGAAGGUAUCGGAGCACUCCUAAGGUUUAAAAAAAUCCUAGAUCAAGCAAAGAAACUAACCAUAUUCAUUUACGCUCACCACAAAACCUUGGCGAUGAUGAGAAGCUACACCAACAAAAGGGAAAUUAUCCGAUCGGGAGUCACAAGAUUUGCUUCCGCCUUCCUAACAUUACAAAGUUUGGCUGAAAAAAAGGAGCAACUAAGACAUAUGUUUUCUAGCACCCAAUGGGAGGAAUGUAAAUUUUCCAGUAAGCCUAAAGGGAUUGCCUCGUAUAAAACGGUGUCAAGUGUCCAAUUUUGGUCCGAUGUGACACAAUGUUUAAAGGUGUUCUCUCCUUUGGUGAAAGUCCUUCAAUGGUUGAUGCGGAUUGGAAGCCCUCAAUGGGUUUUGUUUACGGAGAGAUUAAAGGUGCAAAAGAAGAAAUUAUCAAAUCAUUGGGUGGUAACGAGAAAGCUUACAAGCCUAUUAUAGAUAUCAUAGACAAAAAAAAAAUGAAAGGUCAUCUAGAUUCAAGUUUGCAUUUAACGUC